UGCGAGCAGGAAGUGUCCGAGCGGCGGGCGGAGACUGCACGAUGGCCCCGGACCCCUGGUUCUCCACAUACGAUUCUACUUGUCAAAUUGCCCAGGAGAUUGCUGAGAAAAUUCAACAGCGAAAUCAGUAUGAAAGGAAAGGUGAAAAGACAUCCAAGCUUACCGUGACAAUCAGAGCUUUGUUGCAGAAUCUGAAGGAAAAGAUCGCCCUUUUGAAGGACUUAUUGCUAAGAGCUGUGUCAACACAUCAGAUAACACAACUUGAAGGGGAUCGAAGACAGAACCUAUUGGAUGACCUUGUAACUCGAGAGAGACUACUUCUGGCAUCCUUUAAGAAUGAGGGUGCAGAACCAGAUAUAAUCAGGUCCAGCCUGAUGAGUGAAGAAGCUAAGAGAGGAGCACCCAACCCUUGGCUCUUUGAGGAACCUGAGGAGACCAGAGGCUUGGGUUUUGAUGAAAUCCGACAACAGCAGCAGCAGAUUAUCCAAGAACAAGAUGCAGGCCUUGAUGCCCUUUCCUCUAUCAUAAGUCGCCAAAAACAAAUGGGGCAGGAAAUUGGGAAUGAAUUGGAUGAACAAAAUGAGAUAAUUGAUGACCUUGCCAACCUGGUGGAGAACACAGAUGAAAAACUUCUCACUGAAACCAGGCGGGUGAACCUGGUGGAUAGAAAGUCAACUUCUUGUGGCUGAAAAAUUCUUUCAUCCCUUCAUGUGCCUUCAGGGACCAGACAGGAGACCUUCAUGAAUGACGUGGGCAACUGUGAUUAUCUCCAGUGGCAAGCUACACAGUAAACAGCAGAUUUCUACCAAGUGGGAAUGUAAGCGGAGAAUUGCCAGAUCAUCUGUUUGUUUAUUUUUUUAAGAGAAGCCUAAAAUCUGGAUCUUUAAGUGAAA